AUGUCUUCAAAGCACGACGAGGAUAUCGAAGAUGACCACGCCGCUCCCGAUCUAGAGAUAGUGGGGGACCAAGUGACCCUUCGCCCUACCGGCUUCACAGGCGGCUCGCAGAACCAGGAUGAUGCUAUCACCGAGAGAAAUCUCAUCCGACACGGAGGCCGGUUUCGAGAAAACCCUUUUGAUUUCCUGCGUGACGUCAGUCUUUUUGUGUCUGGAACGGGAUGGCGCGCGUACGAUUCGGUCAUUGGACAGCCUAUUUUCUACUCAGGAUACUCAGAGAGGAUCAAGGACUUGAUUCUGGACAGCCCUUUGCUCCAAGGCAAAAUCACGGAGCUUGCCGUUGCGCGUCUGAACGUGGAACAAUCCGAAGGCUUGUUUGGUGAAGCUCCUAAUAUUAUCGAGGAAGUUAGAGUUCAGCGCAAGAAUGAAAUCGAGGGGAAUUUGCGUCAUGUGGUUGAUUCAAUGAUGGAUAACAUGAUCUGCAAAAUGGAGAGCAAUACUUUUAUUCGAGGCGCAUACUAUUUGGCUACACAGUUGUUAACGCGGGCAUACCACCAGGGUAUCCAUGUCUCGAGUGAGGAGGUCCUUCGACUAAGGUCGGUGGCUCAAGCUGCGGCAGACAAGAAGCAGUCUAUUGUUUUCCUUCCGUGUCACAAAUCACAUGUGGAUUAUGUUUCUCUCCAAGUAAUCUGCUAUCGGCUUGGCAUAGGCUUGCCUAUUGUCGUGGCUGGUGAUAAUCUAAACUUUCCGCUCGUGGGUUCUUUUCUACAGCAUGCAGGUGCUAUGUAUAUCCGUCGUAGUUUUGGUGACGACCAGCUAUAUAGUACACUGGUGCAGACGUACAUUGAUGUCUUGUUACAGCAAGGUUUCAACUUCGAAUGCUUCAUAGAAGGCGGUCGAUCUCGCACCGGAAAGCUUCUUUCUCCAAAAUUCGGCAUUCUGAGCUUCAUUGUUGAUAGCAUAUUGUCCGGUCGAGUAUCAGACACUAUCAUUUGCCCUGUUAGCACACAGUACGAUAAAGUGAUUGAGACUGAAUCUUACAUUAGCGAGCUCUUAGGCCAGCCUAAACAGAAAGAGAAUCUAGCGAAUUUCCUUUCUCAAUCUUCGGUCUUGUCUCUGAAACUCGGCCGAGUGGACGUGCGAUUCCACAAACCGUGGAGUCUAAAGGAAUUUCUCAACCAGCAACUGCAUCACAUUGGAAUGUCAGAUUCUUUAGGCUCCAGAAUCACUCUGACUCUCGCAGAUCGAGGCCGGGUAUUGCGCGCGCUUGGCUAUAGAGUAUUGUCAGAUAUAAAUGAUGUCUCUGUUAUGAUGCCUACGGCGCUUGUUGGUACAGUCCUAUUGACUCUUCGAGGACGAGGUGUUGGAAAGACAGAAUUGAUUCGCCGCGUUGACUGGCUGUGUCAACGUGUUCGAGCAAAAGGUGGCCGCGUAGCACAUUUCUACCGUGCUCCCACUUCACUAGUUGUCGAACGCGCUCUUGAGGUCCUUGGACCGAAGCUCGUUGGAGAAAUUCAUGGUUUAGUAGAGCCGACUUAUUACGCGGUUGAUCGAUUCCAGCUCUCAUUCUAUCGAAACAUGACUAUCCAUUUAUUCAUUCCCGAGGCUUUGGUUUCUGCAGCCAUGUAUACCAAAGUUAAACAAGGUGGUGGUCCUGCUAACCAAACAAUCACAUACGAAGCUCUUUUAGAACAAGUCUCUUUCCUCUCAAAACUUUUCCGUGGCGAAUUCAUUUUCCCGCCCGAGGGACUGGUCGCAAAUCUGGAGAACUCCCUAAAUGGUCUUGAAAAAGACGACGUAAUCAAAGUCACCAGAAAUGCAUCUGGUGCCCCUGUCACGAUUGAUCUCAGUGAUGCUGAACGACAGUGCGGAAGAGAAAAUUUCGAUUUCUACUGCUUUCUGAUUUGGCCAUUUAUCGAGGCAACCUGGUUGGGUGCUGUUUCGCUAAUGGGGCUUACCCCUCCUCUCCAGGGAUCUUUUGAUAUCUGGAUCGAUUUGAACAAGGCACAUACUAGUGCUCAGCUGCUUGGAAAAACUCUCUAUCAUCAAGGCGACCUGUCAUACUUCGAAGCCGUCAAUAAAGAGACACUGAAGAAUGCAUAUUCGCGGUUUGCAGAGGAGGGUAUUAUUUUGAUUGCGCGAAGCAAAGAGCAGCGUUCAUCGCCAACCACAAUGAAGUUAGCCUCGGAGUGGACGCCACAACGCGAUCCAGAGACUGGUAGCCUUCUUAAUUGUGGCCGGCUCUGGGACUUUACGGAAAGAAUUGCUCAGUCGCGCAGAGAAGGAAAAAACCGUCGAGAUGGAGCUACGGUAUCCUUCAGGGUCUUGAAAAUGACUGAUGCUGUCGGAAGAGACCUGUUUCAAAGCGCGGCAAGCUCGAAUGCAAAUGGGUUCAACGUAUCAUCGCGGCAGCAGCGGCGGACUACUAUUGCCGAGAAGGCGAGUUUAUAAGCCUCGA